GGGCGGUUGGCGCGCAGCGGAAAUGACGUAGGGGUGUCCGUCUCCCUGUUGGGGUCGGCGCCAUGAGGCUGACGCGGCUCAAGCUCCGGAGCGUCUUCGUUGUCUAUUUCCUGGUCUCCGUCCUGGGGCUGAUGUCAGCCCUGUGACUGCACGCCACAGAUGAAGUCGGCAAAUGAUCUGGUUCGGCAGAAGGACCAGAAGCUGCUGCACCUCCAGGCUGAGGUGAAGAAAUUGCAGAGACAGCUUAAAGCAGAGGAGGUGGCAGCAGACGGACAGCCCCUGCCGGCCAUUUACGCCAUCACACCGACGUAUGUCAGGUUGGUACAGAAAGCCGAACUGGUUCGUCUCUCCCAAACCUUCCUCCAUGUGAAGAAGUUCCACUGGAUUGUGGUGGAAGAUGCUGCCAACCGUUCUAAGCUGGUGGCUGAUCUGCUGGCACAGAGCGGCCUGUCCUACACUCACCUCAAUCUACCAACGCCUACCAUCUACAAACUGAGGGAGAGUGAUCCCAACUGGCUGAAGCCCCGGGGGGUGGAACAACGGAAUCUGGGGAUCCAGUGGCUGCGGGAGAAUCGGGAGCUCAGCGAGGAGGCAGUCGUUUACUUCGCAGACGAUGAUAAUACCUACAGCUUGAAACUCUUUGAUGAGAUGCGUUGGACAAAACGUGUUUCGGUUUGGCCGGUGGGCCUGGUUGGUGGCUUGCGCUUCGAGAGGCCGCUGGUGGAGAAUGGGAAGGUGGUUGGAUUCUACACGGCCUGGAAACCGAACCGACCCUUCCCCAUGGACAUGGCAGGGUUUGCCAUGGCUUUGCAACUGCUUCUGGCUAACCGUGAGGCCAGGUUCGACAUCAACGUGGAGCGGGGUUACCUGGAGAGCAGCCUAUUGCAAUCGCUGGUCUCGAUUGAGGAGCUUGAGCCCAAGGCGGACAACUGCAACACAGUUCUGGUGUGGCACACACGCACCGAGAAGCCCAAGAUGAAGCAGGAGGAUCUGCUGCUGAAAGAGGGGAAAGGAUCAGAUGUCCACAUCGAGGUAUAAGGUGGACAGACGGGACCUGGACCGACCGGAAGCAGCCCCUCGCUUAGCUGGCCACCCAAGUGCUGGGUUGGGGGGAGCGUGAUGGCGUGCAUGAUAUGUACAGAGAGGAACACUGAAUCCUGUUUUAAGCAGUGUCUAACAGGAGAGAGCAUGGGGUUUAGAAGGAGCAGAGAGCCUAGCAACUCACACCAGGUAUAAUGCCAAAGGCAGAGGAUCUUAGAAACAAAUAUAUCUUUUCAUUGUUUAUCUUUCUAUGUUCCUAAAAACCCUGUUUGGUUUUAGCUCUGGAUUUAAAUCCAGAGGAGCAAUUUCUCCUUACCAGCUUGCAAUGUUUCCUAAUGUUAAUUGGGUUGGGACAUGUUUGAACCUUCUGCACAACACAAAGCCGCCUUGGUUCUGCUCUAAGCUGCCAGCUGGAGCUCAGGGUGGCCAGCAUGAGACAGCAGAAUAUCCGAGGAUGGGGGUCAAGAACUGCGCCCUUGUGGCAGAUUGGAGGGAGCUUUGUUCUUUGUGCUGACACAAAAGUGUUCUCAUUCUUCGAUGCUGACUUUUUUGUGUCCAAACAUAUUUUUUAAUUAGCUCUCUCUUUGUCUGCCCGAGUUGCAGAGGAAUUGGUCUCUUGUUCACGGACAGCAAGCCUCACAGCUGAUGGUGUGAUUAACUAACAAUCCAAAUUACAAAGGGUAGAAAUUGCUCGUUUGAAAUUUAUCGAUUAAUGAAUUUCUUUUUUUCAAAAGUCCUGCUUUUAAAAACUGCAACUCAUGAAUAUGUUUGUUAUUUUUGGUUUGUAGUGGAAGUCUGGAUUUCUCUUCCCUCUCCACAGCUCCCACCGAAAGGCUGGGGAAGCUUUGACAGCUCGUUAGAUUUUACAUAACCUGUAUCCAGAGUGUUAUAUGGAGCAAAGGCAGGUAAAUGGGUUAGCGAAACAGAUCAGAGGUGAUCUGAUUGAAUGGCGGAGGAAGCUCAAGGGGCUGAAUGGCCUCCCCCUCUCCCUAUAUAUUCUGGCCUUCAAGACUUGCCGGCCUACCAAGAGCCAGUGGGGUUGGUUCGCCGAUUCUUGACCUGGGAUGAACACCUUAUGCUAGGCUUUAACCAGACCUUAAUCUGCCUCCUGGCUCAGUAUCUGGCCACUGCUGGUCAGAUAAGGGUUGUAGUGUCAUCACUCUGCCAACUGACAAAUGCAUCAAGUCCUGGCUGCAAAACAGAUUCACUCAAGGCAGAGUCUCCUCUCAGCUGAAGAGCUCGUCCCCUGACCUGGAUCUGAGAAGUGAAAGGUGAGGUUCUGGUCACUGCAGUGCUGUCCUAUUGAAGCCACCCUGUUGUCUUGAUCACCCCAAGGUGACAGCUGGGUGGUUGAAUCUUUCUAUCCUUUGUUCCCCCUGUGUGUGUGUGUGUGUGUGUGUGUGUGUGUGUGUGUGUGUGUGUGUGUGUGUGUGUGUGUGUGUGUGUGUGUGUGUGUGUUUUUUAUGUCUGCUGCUAUAUUCCAUCCACUCACUGCAGCCCUCCUCUAAAAACACUGUGGCUGCCUCACAGCAUCGGAGAGUCCAACAUGCAGCCUUGUGGAGUAGGUCAAGUUCCGGAACCAUUCCCCAGUUCCCCCAGCAUCCCAGCUGCACUGAGUUUCCCAAUCUCGGUUGUGAAGUGGACCCUUUCUGAAUGACUUUGCUCCCCAUUUCCAGCACCCCACUCCAUAUUGUGCUUCCAUGUUUACAGCUCCACUUCUUGUGCAGAUUCAUUCAAAUACACCCACUCUACAUAUGUGACCUUCCCUUUCUGUUACAAGGAACAUUCCGAGCCCCCAGGUCAGAGUUUGAUGGUUCCACAGGAGUGCCAGGCAGGCUAGCAAUCAGUAUGGUGGAGGAAAAGGCACUAUCUCCAGCUGCUUUAAGCCUUUCAGACUGUAGGUUGAGAUAUUCAGAGACGACUGCGAUGAAGGGAAGCUGCUAGUAGCUUUUUCCAUGGCUGUAAAUACUUAACACUAAUCAGUUUACUAAUAUGACUCCUCUAAUUGUGUCUUUUAUAAAUGGGAUGUGUUGGAAGCACUGAAUUAUGAGCCAACCCUUCAGCUUUUCUAUUUAUUGCCUCUUGUAUGUUUCCUAUUUAGUUGCAUCUAGUGUGGCGCUGCCAAGGGCUUCCAGUCGAACGGUUCAUAAAUCACUAAUAAAAACUUUUAUGGGAGUGUGAUCCUCAGAUGGUUUCAGAUCUAUGAGAUCAUUAACCUCUUUGCUUGUACCCUCUGAUGUUUACUGUUUCAAAUCAUUUAUGUCAGAUAAUAUAUUCAGUAUGUGUGUAAGGGCAGGGGGAGGUGGGAAUGAUUGGAUAGUUCUUUCAAAGUGCUGGCUUGAGUAUAAUGGGCUGACUGACCUCCUGUGCUGUAUUAUUCUGUAAUUUUAUAAGUAUGUACUGUAUUGGGUUAUGAGGUUUGUUUGGGAUUUUGCUUACAAGCUGUGGCAGUCUUUUAUUCACAGCAUCUGAAAGAAUCUUGCGUCCAUUCUGUAAAUGUACAAUCCUCUAUGUGGUAAGGGUGAUAAGCAUGUGCAGGGCUGUUUUUUUUAAAAAAAAAAGGCAAGCUUGCAGUUAUAUAGCAGCUCUCAAAGCAAAGCAAAGUGCUUUACAGUUAUUGAAGUGUAGUCACUGUUUGUAAUGUAGAAAAUGUAGCCAAUUUGCACGUAGCAAGCUCCCACAAACAAUGUGAUAAUUCCCAGACAUUCUGUGAUGUUGGUUGAGGAAUAUCUCAUCCAAAAGGCUGCACCUCCCAAACUGUGGCAUUCGCUCAGUACUGGCACUGAGGAGUUUCGGCCUGGAAUUUAUGAUCAGGUCCGUGGAGUGGGACUUGAACCCACAACCUUUUGACUCAGGUGAUGUGAUAUCCACAGAGCUAUGACUUGGUAAGGGACUGUAUUUACCCAUUGCCUCCCCAUCUCCACCCCAACGUGUCCUAAUAACAAGGUACUUUGUUUACAUCAGGUUCACACUCCUAGGUGUGAUACGUACUGGCAUGGUGCUCUUCCUGUUUACAUGCAGACCUGUCAAGUCGAAUUUCCACACAACACAAGUUCCAAGGAGGGUUUUAUUCUGUAAACUAGGUGAUAAAUGAGCCCCUCGAUAUCCAUAGUUUCAUCUUUACCCCUGGUUAUAGCUCAUGAAGAGUUGAUCAUCUGACCCUGUAUAUUCUCCUGUGGGCUCACUGGGCACAGUGGGCUCUCCACUGGGCUCACCAAAUAUCCCCCCCCCCCCCCCCCCCCCACACCCGCAAGUAACUUCCUGCUGCAUGCAAAAGUCUCCGAACAACCGUUUUGAUCUGGAAUGCACUGGCUGAAAGGACAGUGGAAGCAGAUUCAGUAGUAAUGUUCAAAAGGGAAUUGGAUGAAUACUUGAUGGGGAAUAAAAUUGCAGGGCUAUGCAGAAGGGGCCCAAUUAGUGCCCUCUGGCCCAUGUGUGAGCAGUGUGGUGUGUACUAGUGAGGCAUUAGUGUGCUGGCUCCUGAUUCCAUUGUGUGGUAGAUAACCUUUCCUGCAUUCCCACCAUCAUCCUAUAAACAGCUCCUUUUGAGACCUCUCUCUUCUCAGCUCACCGUUGCUGUUGCUUCCUCUGACCAGCAGCCUGGGCCACAGGUUUCCUUGUUUGCCUAAGUGAUGGCUCUCAAAGUCAGCAGGCAGUGUUGAAUUGUCUGUCAGCUGGAUCCUUGCCUUAUAGGAAUGGAAUGUGAAGCCUGAGAUCAGUUAUAGAAACUAAAAUGCAAAAGACCUGCCGAGAUCUGACAGAUAGCACUGAUUAGGCUUGUGUUUAAUGAGCAGAAUGUGUUACAGCACCAGCCUCCAGCCAGUAGAUUUCACUAGGUAGCUUAGUAAAUGGUUUACGCGCUGUUGACUUCCAAUGAGGAAAAAGGUCUUGCAUUUAUAUAGCACCUUGCAUGUCCUCAGAACACCCCAAAAGCUGUUCACCACUGAUGAAUUACUUCUGGAGCGCAGUCAUUGUAUUGUCAGUAAACACAAAACAUCAAGAUCCCACAAACAGAAAUGAGAUGAAUCUCUGUUCUUGGCAGUGUUAGAUAAAUAUUGGCCAGGACGCCAAGAAUAACUCCUUUGCUGUUUUUCAUAAUAGUGGCAUGGGAACCAUUACACCCACCCCAGGGCAGAGGGUGCCUGGAUGACAUGCUCAAGCCUCGAGUGGAACCUGAAUCUACAACUUGACUUGAGCAAGGCACAAAAGUGUAGGGGCAUGGUUGUAUGGUGGUAAUGUUAUUGGACUAGUAAUUCAGAGAGAUGAACUAAUGAAUUUAAACCAAUCACAACCGCUGAGGAUUUCCGAUUCAAUUAGUUAAAUAAAUGUGCAAUUAAAAAGCUAGUAAUGGUGACUUUGAAACUACCGGAUUGACCUGAAAACCCAUUUGGGUCACUAAUGUCCUUCAGGGAAGGAAAUCUGUCCUUACCCAGUCUGGCCUGCAUGUGACUCCAGGCCCACAGCAAUGUGGCUGACUCUUAAUUUUGUGGGUGAUCUGUGGCUCAGCUGUUGCCUCUGAGUCAGAAGGUUAUGGGUUCAAGUCCCACUCCAGGACUUGAGCACAAAAGUUAAGGCUGCACUCCACUGCAGUAUUGAGGAAGUGCUGCACUUUGAGGUAUGCUGCCUUUUGGAUGAGGCAUUAAACUGAAGCUCUGUCUAGCCCUCAGCUGGUCGUAAAAGAUCCCAUGCUAUCAUUUUGAAGAACAACAGGGGAACUCACCUCCCCCUCAUACCCCCUCCCCCUCAUACCCCCUCCCCUUCAUACCCCCGGCCAAUAUUUAUCUUUCGAUCAGCAUCACUAAAGCAGAUUAUCCGGUCAUUAUUAAGUUGCUGUUUGGGAGCUUGUUAAUUGUACUCCAUGACUUGGCUGUAAAGAAUUCUUACUUGCCCCUGCUCCACCAUCAGUUGCUGGGGAUGAGGAUGUGAGACUUACUCACGCUCCCUAAUGGUACAGUUCUAUCAUGCACCCCAAAUGGUGUGUGGAAUGUCAUUGGGAUUGUUGCUGCAUCUCACCUGAUGCCUGCCCUUUGUACUAUAGCCAACUUGUAAAUGUAUUACAGAGUGGAGUCAUGGGCAUGAUAAUCAGCACUAUGCAGUGGGUUUAUUGGUGAGCGAUUGUCAUUUCAGGAGAGAUGGAGUUUAUGUUGUCACCUAUGCAUGUGUUUUCAUGAUGGCAUGUGUGAAAAUAAACUUUUAAAAAUUAAAAUGUAAA